AUGGGCCAACAAUGUAAUGAUGAUUGCUUGAGCAAAGAGAAGGCAAACACGGAUAACAUUUGUGCAGGCCACAAACAAGUUCUAAACUCCCAUUAGUUUCUAGAGCUUGGCCGCGCAUACCAUGGCAGCCUCUGUGGUGUCCUUCGUUGUAGAAAAGCUCGGCAACCUUCUAAUUGAAGAAGCCGCGUUUUUACAAGGUGUGGGCGAUGAACUAAGGCAGUUGCAAACCGAAUUAACGCGGAUGCAAUGCUUCUUGAAAGACGCCGAUAAUAGACAGAACGAAGACGAGAGGGUCCGAAAUUGGGUUUCUGAGAUUCGGGACGCUGCUUACGAUGCUGAGGACGCCAUAGAAACUUUUGCCCUUGAAAUAUCGUACUCCAACAAGAGAUCGGAAAAUUCACUCAAAAGGUUCGUUCCUUCUUUCGACAAAGGCAGAAAACUUCACAAACUGGGCUCCAAGAUCAAGGCCAUUAAAGCUACAAUCUCCGACCUCACUAGAAGCCUACAAACCUACGGAGUAACGAGUGCUGUAAGAAAUGAAGGCUCGAGUUCAGAUUUCGAGAGGCAAAGACAGUUGAGAUGGUCUUAUUCCCAUGUUGUUGAAGAGUACAUCGUGGGGUUAGAUGAAAACAUAGUCCAAGUAGUUGAACAGCUGGUAAACGAAGAAAAGAGCUGUCAAGUUGUCUCCAUCUGGGGGAUGGGUGGACUAGGCAAGACCACUCUUGCCAAGGAAGUUUAUCAUCACAGAACUAUUCGGCGUCAUUUUGAAGGUUUCGCUUGGGCUUAUAUCUCUCAACAAUGCAAAUUCAGAGAUGUUUGGGAAGGAACUUUAAUCAAACUUACCUCUCCAUCCAAAGACGAGAGGGAUCAGAUCUCACAAAUGAAAGAUGAAGAGGUAGCAAAGAAGCUUUAUGAAGUUCUGCAGGAGAAGAGAUGUUUGGUGAUCCUCGACGAUAUUUGGAACACCGACGAUUGGGAUUCACUGCGUCCUGGCUUCCCAUCUGGAAAAGUGGGCAGCAAAAUGUUAGUAACAACUCGCAAUAGAGAACUAGCAUUGCAUAUUGAUCCCGGAGGUUUACAUAACCCAGAGUGUUUAAAUGGAGAACAGAGUUGGAAGUUGUUUCAGAAAAAGGCAUUUCCCAGAAAAGAUACAGACUUCAGCAUUUGCAGAGACAAGGAGAGGUUAGGAAGAGAUAUGGUGGCAAGGUGUGGUGGCUUACCAUUGGGAAUCAUUGUGCUUGGGGGACUUUUGGCAACUAAAGAAACUUUGAACGAGUGGGAGAUUGUGCACAAAAAUAUCAAAUCAUACUUAGGGAGAGGCAGUGGCCAAAGACAAAAAACAACAAUUCACGACGUGUUGGCUUUAAGUUACAAUGAUUUGCCUUCCCAAUUAAAGCUCUGUUUUCUCUAUUUGAGCCAUUUCCCAGAGGACUUUGAUAUACCCACAAAGAAAUUGGUUCGGCUAUGGGUGGCGGAAGCCUUUGUUUCACCAGAGUUUGAAGGAGAGGGAGAUGAAAUGCUGGAAGAUAUUGCAGAACUGUACUUAAUUGACUUGAUAAAUAGAUGCAUUGUUGAAGUGGGUGUAAUUGGAGCGAGUGGAAGGAUUAAAUCUUGCCGCCUCCAUGAUCUUAUGCGCGACCUAUGUUUGUCAAAAGCAAAGCAGGAAAAUUUUCUCCAUAUUGUUAGUGGACAUGAGACAGAUCCCAUUUCUUCACACAGCGUACGGAGGGUGAGUUCAACUGGCAGGAUUCGAAGACUUGCCAUCUUUUCUGGAAGUUUUCUCCCAGAAAACUACAAAAAGAAUCCCAUCAGGUCUGUUUUAUACUUUAAUAAAAAUAACCAGCAAAUAGAAUCCAUGUUUGAGUACUUCAAAUUACUUAGAGUUUUGGAUGUAGAAGGAAUACAGUUACUGGAUGUAGUGUUACCUGAGGAAAUAGGAAGAUUGGUUCAUUUGAGGUACUUGAGCUUAAAGAAAACUGGUAUGAGGAAGUUGCCUUCUUCCAUAGGCAAUUUAGUAUGCUUAGAGACCUUGAAUCUAGAAACCAUCGACGAUCUGGGCUGGGAAUCAACUGUAGAAUUACCGGAUGCUAUAUGGAAGAUGGAACAAUUGAGACAUCUUUAUCUUCCCAAGUGGUGUGACAAUUCAACUGAUGAUAAACUGCAACUGACAAAUUUGAGAAACUUGCAGACACUAGUAAACCUUCCCGCAAACAAAUGUGACCUAAGAGAUCUUCUUAGUUUGACCAAUCUUAGAAAAUUGGUGCUGAAUGACUCGAGACACUUCCAUGAGUUCGGGCCAAUCAUCAAUCACCCCAACAAAAAAUUACGUAACCUUCAGUCCUUGUCCAUGAAGGCUGGAUUGCUUUCAUUCCCUCAUAAGGUAAUAGAUAUACAACAAGUAGUGCAAGGAUGUCCUCGUCUUUGGAAGCUGCACUUGGAAGGACGGAUAGAGAAGCUACCAGAUUGUCACGAAUUUCCUCAGAACCUCGCCAAGUUAACUUUGUGGGGAUCCAGCCUAGUGGAAGACGUAAUGCCAACACUAGGGAAGCUGCCUAACUUGAGGGUCUUAAGUGGAUGGGAAGUUUUUGUAGGGAAGCAGAUGGUUUGCUUGGAAAAUGGUUUUCCUAAACUGGAAUCUUUACUCCUACGUGGUUUGCUCAAUUUGGAGGAGUGGACAGUUGAGCCAGGUGCCAUGCCCAGUCUUCGCUAUUUGAAGAUUUCAAACUGCAUCAAGUUGAAGAUGGUUCCAGAUGGAUUAAGGUCUGUCUCUACCCUUCAGGAACUGGAGAUACGUUGGAUGCCAAGGACAUUCAAGCUUAGACUUGAAGGAGAGGAUUUCUUCAAAGUCCAGCAUGUGCCAUCCAUUAUUUUCCUGAACUGAAAUCGGAAUAUCAGGCACCUUAGUUGGAGCAGUCUCUUAAAUGAUCGUGGAGGCGAAAGAAUGGUCUGGCCCUAUAACAUUGAAGUUUUCAGUGGCAAAGGAUUGCUGGGCAUGGAGCACUUGUUUUGGAUUCUCUUGACUGGAUACUAAAUUUGUAGUCCUUCAUUGCCUAAUUUAGUAUAUGAUAGAUUGUUGUGUUAUUGCUUGACGCAGACUUGUAAUCAGUGUGGGUCUUUUGGAUUAGGAGAAUCAGUAUAUAUCUAUUAUAUAUUAAACAAAUUUUAAAGCA